AUGAUGAAAGUUAAAUUAGAUGCUUUUCAUUUUCAAAUCGUAAUGAAAUAUUUCUUGUAUGAACAAAAUUUUAUCAACUCAAUGUUAACGUGUAAAAAAUUUGAAAUGGUACUUGACCGAUUUCGAUACAACCCAAUUCCCGUAAAAUCCACUAAACUGUUUCCAUAUAUGGAGACUCAACACUUAUACACAAAAUUUGAUGAUAUUUUCGCAGGAAUAUCCCGACUUGUCGUCUUGUACAAAGUGACUUACUCUGAAACAAAAACUUUAUUUCCAGACUUUGAUGUAGAAUUUAAAAAUGUGACUAUAUCUUCAUAUGAUAUCAAAAAACAAAAUAUCACAACAUUUGACCAAAUACCCAAAACCAUAAAAAUAUAUGAAUAUAAAUUUUUAAACACUUUUAAUUUUAAAGAGUUUAGUGUCCCAACACAUAUAACUGAAUUGUACCAUUCUUGCUUUUACAAUAAUACCACACUUACUUCAGUGACACUGUGUGACGGGUUAAAAAUCAUACCGUCGUCUUGUUUUGAUUCUUGCAAGAAUUUGGUUUCUGUAAAUGUUCCAACCACAAUUAUAUCAAUUGAAAGUUCUGCUUUUGAAGAGUGUGGUAUAAUCAAAUUAUCAAUUCCUGAUACCGUCGUUUCGCUCGAUUUAAAUCUGUUUAAGUCAUGCGCUAAUUUAGAGGAACUUGUUAUAUCAAAGAACGUUACUGUUUUGCCAUAUUACAUGUGCGAAAAAUGCACCAAAUUAACACGCGUUGUACUCCCAGACAAUUUAAUUUCAAUUAAAGCACAAGCUUUUUGUGAUUGCAGUCAACUUGUUGAUAUUACCAUCCCAAACACUUUACUUCGAGUUGAGUUUGGCACUUUUUCAAACUGUGAAAAACUCAAGGAACUUGUAUUUAAUGAAGCAUGUGAAAUAGAAGAAGGGGUGUUUAGUGGUUGCACUAGUUUAACACGUUUGGUUGUUCCAAAAAUCAAUGGAAUUAUUAAAAACACAAUUUCUCCAAAUGAAGUUGAUGUGUUUGAACGGUUGAAUGAAACAUUUGAGUGUCCUUUGGAUGACGAUUUUGGCUCAGAAGGAGAGUUAAAAAGUGACCGAAAAUAUACAACACUCGAUAUGUCAUACGACUGCAAUUUUGAAUGUACAGACUCAGUGUUUUUUAUACCUGAAAAUUUCACAAAAAUAGAAAAUAUGCCAUUUAAUGAAAAUCACGAUAUCCACGUGAUAUAUAUGUCUCAGAGCGUUUUCGAUAUCAAACGUGUUUUACUUAACAAAUUUGAUAAUUUGGAAGAAAUUUAUAUGUCUUCUCACAUCAAAAAAUUUAAUAAGUCAAUAUUUUGA